CUGAGGAACAAGUGGUGCUGGUCACAAAUAAUCCUCUCGAUCAGCUGCUGGAGUUAAAGUUUUUGUUUUUUUUAAACCAUUAUCUGUAUUAUUAACAUCUAUGGCCUACUUCUCACAAUGCAAUGCCUGAAAAGACUAAGGACGACUAACUUGGGAAUUCUCCUGCUGAUUAAGCGUGCGGGGAUCUACAGCAGAGUCGGAGCUGACAGCAGUGUCACGUCCAGGGUGCAGCAACCUGUUCCUCUCCCCUGCUGGCUCACAGCAUCACUUCAGACCCGCAGAGCCUUACAUCAGCAGAAUGACUCUGAUGUGGACCAAGCACACUCCAAAAACAGGUUGAUGUCUGGAAUGGAAGACUUGCUUUUCUACACCAUCAGUGAAGGCAAAGAGAUGAUCCCACUGUCUCAGUUCGUCUCUACUUUGAAAAAAACAGGUUUGUUGAUGUCUGACCCUCGGAUACGUGACUGUAUGCAUCAGCUGCGUCAAUGCACAUACAACUCUAUGGAGCCAGUCAUGAUGGACAAGAACCUCUUUAGAAGGUGUGCGGGAAACAACAUCAUGCUGCUGACAAAAGCCUUCAAGGACAAGUUCAUCAUCCCCAACUUUGAAGCAUUUACUCAGCAGAUUAAUCAGAUGUAUGAGAACGCACAACAGCAGGACGGAGGAGAAAUUCCUGAUUACAUCCCUCAGCUGGCGAAGUUCAGCCCCGACCUUUGGGGUGUAUCUCUGUGCACAGUGGAUGGACAAAGACACUCUGUUGGUGACACUAAGGUUCCUUUCUGCAUACAGUCGUGUGUGAAGCCUCUGCAGUACGCCAUCACCGUGCAUGAGCUUGGCAGCGAACGCGUGCACCACUUCGUGGGGAAGGAACCCAGUGGAUUCAAGUUCAACACACUGUCACUCAGUGAAGAGGAUAAACCACACAACCCCAUGGUGAAUGCCGGAGCUAUUGUUGUCAGUUCUUUAAUAAAGAUGGAGUCAAAUAAAGCAGAGAGGUUCGACUAUGUGACGGAGUUCUUAAAAAGGAUGGCUGGUAGAGAGUACAUCGGCUUUGACAAUGCAACUUUCCAGUCAAAGAAGGAGAUGAAUUACAGAAAUUACGCGAUUGGCUAUUAUCUCAAAGAUAAAAAAUGUUUUCCUAAAAAAGUGGAUAUGAUCGCAGCCCUUGACUUCUACUUCCAGUUGUGUUCCAUUGAGGUAACCUGUGAAUCGGCAAGUGUCAUGGCGGCCACACUGGCCAACGGAGGCAUUUGUCCAAUCACAGAAGAGCCUGUGCUCAGUGCUGAAGCUGUGCGCAACACUCUGAGUCUCAUGCAUUCCUGUGGAAUGUAUGACUUCUCCGGACAGUUCGCCUUCCACGUGGGCUUGCCUGCUAAGUCUGCUGUUUCUGGUGCCGUGCUUCUAGUGGUGCCCAACGUGAUGGGGAUGAUGUGCUGGUCACCACCGUUAGAUCGGCUUGGAAACAGCGUUCGCAGUAUUCACUUCUGUCAGGAAUUGGUGUCCCACUACAAAUUCCACAAUUACGACAACUUGCGACACUUCACAAAGAAACACGACCCGAGAAGAUCCCAUGAUGAUUCCAACAAGACUGUGGUAAACGUGAUGUUUGCAGCCUACAAUGGUGACGUCUCUUCUCUGAGGAGGUUUGCUCUUUCAGCUGUCAACAUGGAGCAGAGAGACUACGACUCUCGCACAGCGCUACACGUCGCUGCUGCUGAAGGUCAUGUUGAAGCUGUGCAGUUUCUAACUGAAAUGUGUAAAGUUAAUCCCCACAUAAAGGACAGAUGGGGAAACACUCCCCAUGAUGACGCCACGCAGUUCGGCCAUGAUGCCGUGGCUUCAAUCCUGCAAGAGUACGAGAGCGUUUUCAGCGACUCGUCACAACGUGACACAAAAGAACAGACGAGCACACUGAACAGCAUCAUCUAAAAACCACACAAGGAGGUCUGUAAAUACAUAACACCUGAUACGCACAAGCAACCGUAACAAUGCAUUUCUGCAGACGGGACAAACUCUUCUAGCUAUGUGAAAUAUCAACAAAGCCCAGUGUUUAAUACUAACACACAUUUUGUUGCUUGUGUGUGUGGAAAAAAUAUUAAAAAAAAAUCAUUAAAACUAAUUUUGGGCAGAUAACAGCUGCUGUGUUUUGUGCUUAGCUACUGGAAUGAAAUACUACAGAGGUGUACAUAAAUAUCUAAUAAUGUGAUGUCUGUUUUUUCCAGAACAGUAAAACAUGUUUUUAUUUCAACUUUAUGCCCCGCUGUGUGUUAUCUGCAUGCAGAUUAAACCGAGGCUGUUUCAGUAAAAAUCCUUUGCACCUGUAAAUCACAGACUGUUUCACUGAAGCACGAUUUUUAUUCACUGCUGAGACUUUGUGUUGAUCUUUGGUACUUUUGUGCAACAAAAACUACCAGGUGUAUGGGAACCCGGCAUGUUCAGACUAACGAGAUUGUUUUUCGCGCAUUUCAGUGUUAAAGCUACACUGUGUAACACUGAGUGUCGUGGUGGUCAG